AUGUUAUCUCAGAAAGUUGUUAUGGUCGGAGACUCAAGUGUUGGUAAAACAUGUAUCGUCUCUCGACUUAUAAACAGCCAAUUUAAUUCAAGAUCUGUUCCAACAGUUGUUGCACAAUAUCAUCAAUAUAGCGUAACAGUAAAUGAUAUAUCAUGCGAUUUAGAUAUAUAUGAUACUGCAGGACAAGAUCAAUAUAAAUCUUUAGCACCUCUUUAUUACAGGGGCGCUUCAAUUGGAAUAUUUGUUUUUGAUGUUACGAUAAAGAAAUCUUUUGAAAAUUUACCAAGUUGGAUUGAAUCAUUCAAAAAUAUAAAUGGAGAUGAGAAAAUUAUUGUCAUAGCAGGAAAUAAAAUCGAUAUGCCUCAAGAAACAUGGCAAGUAGAUCCAAUUGACGUCGAUACAUUUGCAAGAAAUUGUGGGUACCAAUCAUAUAUGACAUCUGCUUUUACUGGCCAAGGCAUCAACGAAUUAUUUUUAGGUGCCGCCACCCAAUUAAUCGAAAGUAGACAUUCAGUAGCAAUUACAGAAGAUGAAGAAGCUGUUCCUAGAUUGCAGCCAAAGAAAGAAGAAUCUAAAAAAUGCUGUUAA